UUUUUUUUUGCCAUUCGUUCUUUUAUCAGAGGUUGGCACAGAUUUUCAGGAACGGCUUUUAAAAAAAAUUCAGGCACAAACUUUCCUAUUCCAACGGUCGUGCACUGCACAUCUCUUUCUCUUUAAUUGAACGCCUUCCUUCUUCUCCCCUCCCACCAGCGAUCAUCAGCUUCGUCUUCAUUUUCUUGCAUUGUUCUCUCCACUCUCCUCCCUUUGAUAGUUCGUUAUUAAUCUCAACAGCAGGAGCAGUAUCAACUUUCUGCAACAACGCGCGCUAAUCGUUAUAUUUUAAAGAAAAAUGGCACCCCCACAAUUCAAGGUCAUCAUUGCUGGCGGUGGUAUUGUUGGUCUCUCCCUUGGAGUGAUGCUUGAGCGUGCAGGGAUCGAUUACCUGAUUCUCGAGGCCACCUCAGACGUUCGUCCCCUGGGCGGUGUGGUCAUGCUGGGACCGCCAGUGCUUCGAGCCUUUGAGCAAUUGGGUUUACUGGAGGACCUGGUUCGCCAGUCCAAUAUCAUGACUGGGGUCACUGUUCUCGACAGCAAGCUCAACCAGAUCUGCCGCAUCAACGCCGACUACGCCAGAGACAGAUAUGGCUACGAUAGUCUCACUAUUGUGCGCCCAAAGCUCUAUGCUAUCCUCCUCUCCCGCAUUCCUGCCUACAAGAUCCUGUUUGCGAAGCGCGUCAUCUCCACAGCGCAAAACAGCGAAGGAGUCAAGGUUCGUUGUCAGGACGGGUCCACCUACAGCGGGGACAUCCUCGUCGCAUCCGAUGGCGGUGCCUCACCAAUCAGAGGCGCCAUCUAUCGAGAAAUCAAGCGGCGGUCCAAGAAGACACCCUACCCAGGAGAUUAUGCACAACCCAAGAUGGACCAACGAUGCAUCGUCGGGGUGUCUGAACCGCUGUCGACGAAGCAAUAUCCUAUCUUGGCGUCCAAGAAUUGUGAGCUGCUACUGCUCAUGCCUAAAGAGACGAACUGCAUGAUUUGGUUUAUACCUAUGGCAGAGAGACGUUUUGGCUGGGGCAUCACCUCGCCCCUGCCCUCAAGUGCAGCAGACUCCAAAAUAUACGAAAACCAGGCAUCAUUCGCAGGAGCACGCGACAGUGGCGAGUCAGGGAUCGAGUUACCUGGAUCACCUGCUUCUAUCCAUGGCAUGACACAGUCCUUCUCAGCCAUCUCAACCGCAUCCCAAAGCCCUUCCUCAUCCGCCUCAUCGUCAUCUCCAGGAGGUGACAUGUCUGACUACAUUGGUAAAUACUAUCCACCGAACAAUACCAGCAAUAGCGCUCCUUUUACCCCGUCCCAUUCCAUCAAGAAGAGGCAAUCGUUUAGCAAGCUAUCGAAGCACUCGGCUACAUCGACUGGAUCAUCCCAAAAGACAUUCCAGCAAUACCCCACAGUUCUCCAGCUCAACGAGUCGAGCAGUCUGGAUUUGAAGGAGCUCCCGAACGACAGGGUGUGGGACAAGUUAGAUGAGAAAUUCCAUAUUGACGAGUUUAUCAAGGAGCAGCCCUGCCCCUACGGUGGCACAUUCGGCGAUAUCAUCGAGCAGACAACGCGAAAGAUGAUCACUACGGUCGUGGUCGAGGAGAAGUUCUACCACAUGUGGCACUUUGGCCGUACCGUGCUCCUGGGCGAUGCGUGCCACAAGCUCCUCCCAUCCUCUGGUCAUGGUACGACGCAGGCCAUCCUAGAUGCCAUCAGCCUGGCUUCGCUCCUGGCGGAGCUGCCCUCGAAUUCUCCGAGCGAUAUCGAAGCCCUCUUCCGUGUACACUACGGUCGACGCGCACCCGGCGCAAAGGCCGCGGUGAUUGUCUCGAAGAAGCAAGACCAGUUACUCUUCAAUCGAAAAAUGACAGGCAAGAUUAUGCGCAAGCUAGCCUCGAGCUGGGUGUCAGAGUGGAUGAAUAUCACGAUGUGUGAUCGAUUGUUCGAGUCCCGUCCGACGCUGCCGUUCCUCAAGCCCGUGCCGGAUAGGGGCACGUCCAAGAACAAGGACAAGAGCGUGCCUCUGCUGCAAGAUAAGCGGUACGAGAUGGCACGGAGAAAAUCUGUCUCUUCCGGAUACAGCAGCGGAGGAUCCGGAGGCAAACACCAUGACCUGUGGAGCCCAGACUUGGAUUUCGAGGCCCAUAACUUCUCAUUAUCGAUGCCGUCGAUUUUGAUGUUGCCUGCAGUGCCAUCGCUGCCGACGACGAGGGCCAUGGACCUGGAAGGCAUGGUGCCGCCGAGGGUGUCGUCAAGGCCAGGCGAACGCCAGUAUGAUGGGCCAGGAAUGCCCUGGAAUCCGUACAUGGACUCGCCCUAUGUGUAAGAAGAAAGGAAGCAAGCAAGAGACAGAAGCGCAGGGCGCCUGAGUUUUUGCCACGAACAAAUCAUCCACCCGACCCUCCAACCGAUACAACAUAAGUAAUUCUGCGGCAUAUACACUACUGCUCUACUCAACAUAGUCUACAUACAUAUACAUUACGCAAUUCUCAUAAACGAAUCCUCUGCCGCACCUGGAGUGCCGGUGCAUCCACCAAACAAGAGUUGUUCUUCGUUGAGAUCGUCUGAACUGUGCUAGGAGGGAGCGAUAUGCAUCCAUGGGGAUUAUCUAGGACCGAUGCAAUCUUGCCGAGGCGAAGGAGGGUGCUCCUUAACGCCGAAUCGAAGAGACCUCGCCUAUAAAUACACAAGCACGACCCACGGGUGCAUUUUUUAAGCAAGCCA